UUACAGAGGAGCCAAACUAAAUUUGCCUAGCAAUCUACAGUCAAGGGCGCAUUUACCGCAAGGCAAACAAGGCAUUUGCCUAGGGUGGCAUCGCCGCCCCCUGAAAGAAGAGAUGGAAGAAAGGACACACACAACAUGGGGACCAGGUGGGAUCUGAGAGAGGCUGUGGGCUGCUUGAUGGUGUAUGCAAAGCCUGACUCUUGUUCCCAAGGAUUUGAGGGGGGCGGUGGUAGCGGAAGGCUCUCUUGGGUGGGGGUAGGGUGU